AUGACUAUUGUCUCAAAAAUACCAGUCGGCGUGCUUUUACCACUUGGCAUCGGACUAGGAUACUUGCUGGGUACAGGGAUUAAGAAAAUCAUUAAUUAUUACUACCCUGGAAAGGAUUUGGAUGAUAUGUCUUCUCUUCCUUCUGGAGGAUUGACUGAAGUUGAAACGAUUGAUUUGACUUCUGAGAUGACUAUGCUCCUGUCUCUAGAACAAAACACAGUCUUUGGAAAUAUGAUUCCAAGAGAAACAGAACUGGACUGCACGGUUGGAUCUCGUCCUGCCACGGCUGCCCCUCGUCCUGCCACGGCUGGCCCCCGUCCUGCCACGGCUGCCCCUCGUCCGGCCACGGCUGCCCCUCGUCCGGCCACUGAUGCUCAUCCUGUAACUGCUACUCAUCCUCUCCCUCCUACCACAGCUGCCCCUCAUCCUGCUACGGCUGUCCCUUGUCCUGCCACGGCUGUCCCUUGUCCUGCUACUGUUGCUCAUCCUGCCAUGGCUGUCCCUCGUCCUGCCACAGCUGCCCCUCGUCCUGCCACAGCUGCCCCUCGUCCUCCCACAGCUGUCCCUCGUCCUGCCACUGUUGGCCCUCCGGCCACUGAUGCUCAUCCUGUAACUGCUACUCAUCCUCUCCCUCCUGCCACAGCUGCCCCUCAUCCUGCUACGGCUGUCCCUUGUCCUGCUACUGUUGCUCAUCCUGCCAUGGCUGUCCCUCGUCCUGCCACAGCUGCCCCUCGUCCUGCCACAGCUGCCCCUCGUCCAGCCACGGCUGGCCCUCGUCCUGCCACGGCUGCCCCUCGUCCUGCCACGGCUGGCCCUCCAGCCACUGUUGGCCCUCCAGCCACUGUUGGCCCUCCGGCCACUGAUGCUCAUCCUGUAACUGCUACUCAUCCUCUCCCUCCUACCACAGCUGCCCCUCAUCCUGCUAUGGCUGUCCCUUGUCCUGCCACGGCUGUCCCUUGUCCUGCCACAGCUGUCCCUUGUCCUGCUACUGUUGCUCAUCCUGCCAUGGCUGUCCCUCAUCCUGCCCUGGCUGUCCCUUGUCCUGCCACUGUUGUUCGUCCUGCCAUGGCUGCACCUCAUCCUGCCAUGGCUGUCCUUUGUCCUGCCACGGCUGCCCCUCAUCCUGCUACUGUUGCUCAUCCUGCCAUGGCUGCACCUCAUCCUGCCACUGUUGCUCGUCCUGGCAUGGCUGUCCCUCGUCCUCCCACGGCUGCACCUCAUCCUGCCAUGGCUAUCCCUGAUCCUGCAACGCUUGCCAGACGUAUUCCCAAUGCUGCUCGUUCUGCAAGGGUUACCCCAGAUGUUGCCACUGUUGCUGAUCUUGUCCCUCCUGCCAUGGCUGUCCCUCAUCCUCCCAUGGCUGCACCUCAUCCUGCCAUGGCUGUCCCUCAUCCUGCAACGCUUGUCAGACGUAUUGCCAAUGCUGCUCGUUCUGCAAGGGUUACCCCAGAUGUUGCCACUGUUGCUGAUCUUGUCCCUCCUGCCAUGGCUGUCCCUCGUCCUCCCAUGGCUGCACCUCAUCCUGCCAUGGCUGUCCCUCAUCCUGCCAUGGCUAUCCCUGAUCCUGCAACUCUUGCCAGACGUAUUGCCAAUGCUGCACGUUCUGCAAGGGUUACCUCAGAUGUUGCCACUGUUGCUGAUCUUGUCCCUCCUGCUAUGGCUGUCCCUCAUCCUGCCAUGGCUAUCCCUUGUCCUGCUACUGUUGCUCAUCCUGCCAUGGCUGUCCCUCGUCCUGCCACAGCUGCCCCUCGUCCUGCCACAGCUGCCCCUUGUCCUGCCACGUCUGGCCCUCGUCCUGCCACGGCUGCCCCUCAUCCUGCUAUGGCUGUCCCUUGUCCUGCCACGGCUGUCCCUUGUCCUGCCACAGCUGUCCCUUGUCCUGCUACUGUUGCUCAUCCUGCCAUGGCUGUCCCUCAUCCUGCCCUGGCUGUCCCUUGUCCUGCCACUGUUGCUCGUCCUGCCAUGGCUGCACCUCAUCCUACCACUGUUGCUCGUCCUGCCAUGGCUGUCCCUCAUCCUGCCAUGGCUGUCCUUUGUCCUGCCACGGCUGCCCCUCAUCCUGCUACUGUUGCUCAUCCUGCCAUGGCUGCACCUCAUCCUGCCACUGUUGCUCGUCCUGCCAUGGCUGUCCCUCAUCCUCCCAUGGCUGCACCUCAUCCUGCCAUGGCUGUCCCUCAUCCUGCAACUCUUGCCAGACGUAUUGCCAAUGCUGCACGUUCUGCAAGGGUUACCCCAGAUGUUGCCACUGUUGCUGAUCUUGUCCCUCCUGCCAUGGCUGUCCCUCAUCCUGCCAUGGCUAUCCCUCAUCCUGCAACGUUUGCCAGACGUAUUGCCAAUGCUGCUCGUUCUGCAAUGGUUGGCCCACAUCCCGCUACCAUUUCUUGUCGUGCCUAUGCUACUCGUCUUGCCACGGUGGCAAAGUGCAGGUGGAAGAAGGAUGCUCGUCCUACUUUCACUAUUUCUCGCCGUGGCAUUUCUACUCGUAGUGCCACUGAUGCCCCUCAUGCUGCCACUGAUGCUCCUCAUGCUGCCACUGAGGCCCCUCAUGUUGCCUUUGAUGUCCCUCAUGCUGCCACUGAUCCUGCCACUGAUGCUUGUCCUGCUGACAAGAAAAAGAUACAUUUUACAAGUGUGCAUCAUGAUAUAUUAUUUCUGAUUCUCGUAACCGUGUGUGCUUGGUACCACGAGUGGUUCAUUUUACAGUUUGGUGAAAUGUUCACAAAAUUCCUGUUUAUAAUUUUCUGUACUUAUUAUCUUUGUCUUUGUUUUUAAGAAAAAAAAAAUAAUUUCAUGUUAGCAGGUUCUCUCUGGGCGCUCCAGCUUCCUCCCUCAGCCCAAAAAGAUUUUGGUAAUGGAUGGUUGAUUGAAGAAAAUUUAUUUUUGUUGAUUUUAGUUCAGCAAUUUAUUCUAAUGCUGAACAUCAUCCUCAAGAGAUUAGUAGGUUGUAUCUUUUUUAAAAUUAAGUGGCAUCACUAUUUUAUUAAGGGCUGCACAGUGGCGCACUUAGUAGCAAUGUUGCCUGGCAAGAAGAAGAUUCUGGGUUCGAUUCCCGGGGUCUUUCUGAAUGCAGUUUGCAUGUUCUCUCUAUGCAUGCGUGGGUUCUCUCCGGGUGCUCCGGCUUUCUCCCUCAGUCCUAAAAGAUUUUGGUAAUGGAUGGUUGAUUGACGAAAAUUUAUUUUUGUUGAUUUUAGUUCAGCAAUUUAUUCUAAUGCUGAACAUCAUCCUCAAGAAAUUAGUAGGUUGUCUCUUUUUUAAAAUUAAGUGGCAUCACUAUUUUAUUAAGGGCUGUAUAGUGGCACACUUGGUAGCAAUGUUUGCCUGGCAAGAAGAAGAUUCUGGGUUCGAUUCCCGGGGUCGUUCUGAAUGCAGAUGGCAUGUUCUCUCUAUGCAUGCGUGGGUUCUCUCCGGGUGCUCCGGCUUUCUCCCACAGUCCAAAAAGAUUUUGGUAAUGGAUGGUUGAUUGAAGAAAAUGUAUUUUUAUUGAUUUUUGUUUAGCAAUUUAUCGUAAUGCUGAA